UGACGUCAGCACGUGGCGCAGGAAAAAUGGGGUUCUCAAAGGGGGAGGUUGACAUCAAACGGCAUAACACCAUGAUAAGGUGAUGACAGACAUUGACUGCUGCUGCUCUAGUUCUCAUCGGAAAGAAUGGUGCUCAGGAUCAAUGGCAAGGGUCAACAGAGCCACAGGUUGGUAAUCUUCUUUGCCGUCUUCAUCCUGACAACACUCCUCAUCCUCUAUGGCUCUAACAACAGCAAUGAUGGGUCCUACAUCCCCUUCAACGUAGCCCUCAUUCGCGCCACCAAGACUACAGACCUGAAGAAGUGGUCUGGGAGAGAUGGCUACAUGCCACUUUACGGUAACAAAAGUAUGACCCUCCACUGUCAUAACUGUGCGCUGGUGACAAGCUCCAGUCACGUCCUUGGUAGCCAGGCGGGGAGCGAGGUGGACCAAACAGAGUGUGUGAUCCGCAUGAACGACGCUCCCACGUCCGGUUACGAGUCCGACGUCGGCAACCGGACCACUGUCAGGGUCGUGGCCCACGCCAGUGUCUUCAGGGUGAUAAAGAGGCCUAAUGAGUAUCUGCAGCGUACGGACAGCAACUCCACCAUCAUCUUCUGGGGUCCACCGAAUAAGAUCGGGAAGGAUGCGAAGGGAACCUUGUUCAGACUACUCCAGAGGGUCAGCAUGACUUACAGCAACCUGUCGUUCUUCAGUAUUUCACCCAACAAAAUGCGAAAAUUCGACAACCUGUUUACUAGAGAGACAGGGCGGGACAGACAAAAGUCUCACUCUUGGUUGAGCACUGGCUGGUUCACCAUGGUCAUAGCCAUUGAGAUGUGUGAUAAUAUUAAAGUAUAUGGGAUGGUCCCACCAAAUUACUGCGGGAAAAAAACAGCUUCCAAGAAGAUGCCCUAUCACUACUACAAACCCAGGGGGUCUGAUGAAUGUCUAAUGUACAUCCAGAAUGAAAGCGGUCGUAGGGGGAAUCACCACCGCUUCAUCACAGAGAAGCAGGUGUUUGCUCGCUGGGCCAAGCAGUACAACAUCACUUUCACUAACCCCAAAUGGUGAGAGAGCGGACAGAAAGCUUAAAGACAAGCACCAUGGAUUCACGUUAAUUAUAUCUCAAAAUGAAAAGACAGAAAUGCUUUCUUCCAGUGACAACGGGGUGGAAGUAUAUGGAAAAUCUUCAUCUGGACUAUAUGAUAAGGAAGGUGUGUGGAAAUGUUUCUGAAGUUAUUAUACUUGAGUUCUGUCCAGUUUACACAUUAAGGGUGUGGAUGUGUUAUGUAAGGGUUUUAUUUGAGAUGGGGGGAUUUUUCCCCAGGUUGAAGUGAUUUUUACAACAGCUUUCAAGUUUUUUUGGAAGGAAAUGUUUAGGUGCCCAGGUUUUAAUGUUAGCUAAAUUUGCCCUAAUCCACAUACGGUCAAACAAUUGUACAUAAAAGCAUUUGUAACUGUUAUAAUAUUGCCUGGAAAAGUGGAUUCUCUAUUUAAUUAAAAUUGAUUAGGUCCCUUCUAAUUACAGUUAAGCAGGUUUGCUAUUCUAUUUGAUCAUGUUUUUAUUUUUUUACAUGGUAUUUAGGGCAAGACGAGAAACUAAAACUUUUUGUUUUA